GAUUAUGUGUAGUAUAUGUGGGUUUACGUCAAUUCGAUCGCGUUCAUUGAAAUGGGUGAGGAGGUUAAGGCAAUUGUUCCCGAGUCUGUGUUGAAGAAGAGGAAGAGAGAAGAGGAAUGGGCAUUGGCCAAGGCACAGGAGACCGAAGCUGCAAAAAAGAAGAGAGCUGAGAGCAGAAAGCUGAUCUACAACAGAGCUAAGCAGUAUGCCAAGGAGUAUCAGGAGCAGGAAAAGGAGUUGAUUAGAUUGAAACGUGAGGCAAAGCUGAAAGGUGGAUUUUAUGUUGAUCCAGAGGCUAAACUCUUGUUUAUUGUUCGCAUCCGUGGUAUUAAUGCCAUGCACCCAAAGACAAGGAAAAUCUUGCAGCUCUUGCGUUUGAGGCAGAUAUUCAAUGGCGUGUUUCUUAAAGUCAACAAGGCUACAAUGAAUAUGCUUCACAGGGUCGAACCUUAUGUGACCUAUGGGUAUCCAAACUUGAAGAGUGUAAGAGAACUCAUUUACAAGAGGGGCUAUGGUAAGAUCAACAAACAGAGAAUUGCUUUAACUGACAAUUCUAUCAUUGAGCAGGCACUGGGUAAGUAUGGAAUCAUCUCCACUGAAGAUCUUAUCCAUGAGAUCAUAACAGUUGGACCCCACUUCAAGGAGGCCAACAACUUCCUUUGGCCCUUUAAACUCAGGGCACCUUUGGGUGGACUAAAGAAGAAAAGAAACCACUAUGUUGAAGGUGGUGAUGCUGGAAACCGGGAGAAUUUCAUCAAUGAGCUCAUUAGGAGAAUGAACUAAGCUGUGCCAGUGUCUGGUCACUAGUUAGUGGAUUCAGUCUCUGUUUUGAUUAAUGGCUUUAGAACAAUUUAAAAUUCCAAUUUUCUUAUCAAAAUUUUGGAUUUUGAUAAUAUUUUAUUUCAACAUGAGAAUUAUGAGUUGCUUGUUACAUUCUAGCAUGAAUGCUUUUAUUAUGCUUAGUGUAAUUCCAUCUUUGGAGUUCGUUA